AUGGCUCGCACUAAGGUCAAAGCCGAGGAGGAUACGGGGAUGAGCGCGUUCGAGAAGAUGCGAUUGGCAAACAUUGCAAAGAACAAGACCAUGCUUGACGACUUGGCCAAGGCUUCGAAUAAGAUCAUGCCUCCCAAGCCCAAGCCUGCGCCAAAGUCACGAUCCACUCCUGUCAAGAAGGAACCCGUUGCCCCGACUGGCCCGGUCCGGCGCAGUGCUCGUGUUGCCGGAUUUGAUGCCGAUAACGAGACUCUCAAGCGCAAGUAUGAGGUCGAGGUUGAAGAGAAAGUUGCACAGGAAAAGGCCAAGAAGACGAGAAUCGGUGGCAACCUUAGUCUGGGGGACAUCGCCGUCGACGGGAAGAAAUUCAACCAUGGUAUUACCGGCUUAAGUGCAUUGGUCCCUCGAGGCGCCCAGCCAGGUGUGCCCACCUUCACGGAUGAGGACGUCGCAAAUACCUCGGACAAGGAUUUGAAGGCGCUGCGUCAGAAGAUGGGCAAGCUCGAGCUCUAUGAGAAGUGGAGUCCGCAGGAUAUCAAAAUCUGCCCACUGCGCAUCUAUGCAGCCACGUUCCACCCGACCGAGGAGAAGGCACUUGUGUUUGCCGGCGAUAAGGAAGGCGCCCUAGGUGUCUUCGAUGCCUCCCAGGACGGUCCCCCGCAGGACGAUGAUGAUGAGGACGCCUGGUUUGACCCCAAGAUUGGCGCCUAUAAGAUCCACACCCGGACGAUCACUACCAUCAUUGUUUCUCCGUAUGAGCAGCAAAAGGUUUACACCUCGUCCUAUGAUUCAACCAUCCGAGUCCUUGAUCUUGAAAAAGAUAUGUGCGUGCCCGUCUGGGAGCCUGAGGAAAAGAACGAGGACAUUCCUCUGUCCGCCAUCGAUAUACCUUUGACGGAUAAGAAUGUCAUUUACUUUUCCACGCUCAAUGGCGCUGUUGGAAAGGUCGACAUCCGCGACCCCAAGUCCACGGAGAUGUGGCAGUUGUCCGACAACAAGAUUGGAGGAUUCUCUCUGAACCCGCGGGAGCCCCACCUUCUCACCACCGCUUCUCUCGAUAGAACGGUCAAGAUCUGGGAUUUGCGGAAGAUCACUGGCAAGGGCGAUAUGAGACACCCUGCCAUGCUCUACGAGCAUAACUCCCGCCUGUCGGUGUCCCAUGCCUCCUGGAGCCCCGGCGGGCAAAUCGCGACUUCAUCCUACGAUGACACAAUCAAGAUCUACGACUGGGCGGACCGUACCGACUGGGACAAGUCCACCGAGAUGGAGCCGAAGCACAUCGUGAAGCACAACAACCAGACAGGUCGUUGGGUUACCAUUCUCAAACCCCAAUGGCAGAAACGGCCAAAGGAUGGCAUUCAGAAGUUCGUCAUUGGUAACAUGAACCGCUUCGUUGACGUCUACGCUGCCAAUGGUGAGCAACUUGCGCAGCUGGGCGGAGACGGCAUCUCGGCUGUUCCUGCUGUCGCCCACUUCCACCCGACGAUGGACUGGGUGGCUGGGGGUACUGCGAGUGGCAAGCUAUGCUUGUGGCAGUGA